AUGUCACCACGGGGAAGGCGGGAAGAAGAACAACAAAAGCAAAAAACUAAGCAACAACACCGAAGCAUCACCAACCAGCCGUCACUGACCCCAGGGCGCGGACAAGCAUGGAAGACGAGGAACUGGGAGAAGGAGCAGGUUCCGGAAAAGGGGGAAGGCGUCAUAGGAGCAGGAGAAGCCAGCAAAAACAGGGACGGGCCCCACAGAAGGGAGAAGAGAAGAGACCAAAGUGGAACGAAUGGCGUCCUUGCAAAUAAGUGCCCAAUGGCGUAG